GGGGUAGAAUCAUUGCCGGCCUCCGUGAAGAAUCGCACACGAAAACAGUCCGACCCGCACGAUGAUACCGAGGGCACACGAUACAACCGAUCAACCUCGACGCAAUAUCGAAAAUCCGAAGAGGAGGAGAAUAAUUGAGAGGGUGGGAGAGGAGAAGGAGGCAAUUGAUCUGAGGGGUUCCGAUGGUGUCGUGGCAGGCGACACCGGAAAACGAGACGUGUCACGGGAUGCAGUUCGUAAGACACAACAGUCCGACCCGCACAAUGAUACCGAGGGCAGCGGUAGACGUAGCGAGGGCACAUGCAACGAAGGAGAAUCGUACGGAAAAGAUGCGAGCAACGAAGAGGAGAACAACGAUAGUGGGUCCCGCAACAACGAGAAUAGCGAUGAUGACGAUGAAGAGGAGGAAGACGGAUCCCGGAGCAGCGGCACGGAAGAAAGAUGUAGCGAAGACAAUACACAAAACACGUAUCGAAGAACGCAUGAAGGAACAAGUGACGGACGCAGCGAGGAAAACAACGCGGACAAGCAGUUAGUCCUAAAGGAGAAGGCAAACAAAGGACGUCGGCACAUAUUACAAGGAGGGAGACAGCGCAAGGACGACACGAAAGUGGUCAAGCAAUCAGGGGUUGCCACAGGAGAGGAAAACGAAUUAUUUGGGAAAAAGGAAAAAGACAGACUGCUGAGGUCCGUCGUGAAAGCUUUUGUGCACUCAACAGGGAAGGACGCAAUUUUCUACCCUUCAGAGGACGACUUCUUCAGUGCGGUGAAGUUGGCUGCUACCCUUUUGGGAGAAGAUGUAAGGGCAGGAUGGGGGAAGCAUGUAGAGAAGAAGGGUUUGCGGAAUGUGCUCAUAGAGUGCAACCGAAUGAUGACAACGGUCCGCGGAGAGUUGUCUUGGCACUUGAGACACUGGUUCUGGGGAGAGAGAGGUGCCCCCCUCGUACGCGGCGCACAAAUGGAUCAUAAUAACACCAUGCGCAACGAACUGCGUUGCCAGAUGAGCAAAGACAAAACGUGGAGGAGGAAGGACGACGAGCCAUGGGAAGCAUCGCAUUUCAAGAGGGCACUCACAAAAGUGUUCCAAAUAAGAAAAGACGGUGAGAAGAUGGGCGUGACAUUGCAACAACUAGCGUUUACCGAACUUGUGAUCCGCACAGAAAUCGAGCAGGCGAAGAAGUCAAGCAAGGCGUCGGAUUAGUUGCUGCAAAUGGCCAGUAUGAAGAAUGACAUAGUGAACACAGCCCGGAGCCGGGACACAUUUAUGAG